AGUUUUUAUCCUAUGAACAGUUUGUUAGUGGCUUUGUCUUUUUUUCCUUCCUGGUUGUCCGUUGCUGUAUUACAGUCAGACUGUUGUGUGGACCUACUAUGUUUUGAUGGGUAAUCAUUUCUUUGAUGUGCUGGUGACUUCGUUCCUAUGUUAUUCUAAUCAUGUUGAUUUUUUCUAUACUAUGUUUGCUGUUUUUCAUGGGAAAUACAUUUGUCUUAACGCAAGGUUGUGAAUCUGGUUGGUUUGGAGAUAAAUGUCAAUAUCAAUGCCAUUGUGAGAGUACAUGUGACACUUCAGGAGACUGCACUGAUAAUAAAUGUAGUCCUGGAUGGUUUGGUUACAAGUGUCAAUAUCGUGAUCUGGUGCAUUUGUCGACUCGUAGAAUUAAUAAAAACACAGUAAACAACAAGAAUAAAACUUGUAUAGAAUUAGAACACCAAGAUAACAUAACUCUCCAAUGGGACAACUUGUACGUCUUUACUUGGCUGAGAAUAGACUUUUAUAAUGAAAUUCCAGAACUCAUCACUGAUCUACAAAUUCUGUUACGGCAAGACACACGCAAAUCUUCAAGUUACGUCCCUUGUGAGAAUAAACUCUUCUAUAUUGUGAAACCACAGACGAUCGAUGUGAAAUGUGAUUUUAAUGGAACUUUCAAAGAGCUGGUAUUAAAAGGAAGGACAAUCCAGUCGAUUUGUACUUUAAAUAUCAACGGAGGUCGAAAUGUUGCUUUAAAACAAAACACAACUCAAUCAGGUAUUUAUAUCUAUGCAACUUAUACAGCAGAGUAUUCCAACAGUUCUAACGCAGUGGAUGGGAAAGCUUUGUAUAAUUUCAGUCAGAGAAGUUGUGCUCACCCAGACUCUCGUGAGAAGAAACAAUUUUGGACUGUCCUCUUUUCUCCUCAUGUUGUCACGGGAUAUGUUCUCUAUGACCGACAAGACAACUUUGCAAAUUUUAAAGGAUUCCAACUUACUGCUUCCUCUGGGAGUAACAUACAAUUUAAAUAUAGAGACGUGACUAGAAAUGGAGAAAGCAAAAUCUAUAGAAUCGCUGAUUCCCAAAAGAGUAUAGUUACUAAUGUUACAAUUGAUAGAGACGAUGUACUGAAUGUUUGUGAAGUCGAAGUUUAUGGAGAAUGUCCUCCUGGAACAUGGGGAUUAAAUUGUUCUCAGUGCACGGCACAAUGCCCUCACAAUUGCCAAGUGGAUGAUGGAAGCUGUGAAAUAAAAUGUCCAGGAUUUAUUAACCCACCUUUUUGUAAUCACACAUGUGAAAGCGGAUGGUUUGGAGAUGGAUGCAAAUACCAAUGUCACUGUAAAGAAAAAUGUGACACUUCAGGAUAUUGCACAAACAACAAGUGUAGUGGUGGGUGGUUUGGUUACAAGUGUCAAUAUCGUGAUCUCAUGUACUUGGUAAACCUUGAAGCCAAUAAAGUAAUAUUUGACAACAAGGAUGACACUUGUAUAACAUCCAAGCCUGAUUCAAUCAUAAUACGCUGGAAUGAGUCUUACGUCUUCACUUUCCUCAGAAUAGUCGUCAAAAAUGAAUCAUAUAUUACUGACCUAAAAAUUCAGUUUCAAAAGAUUGAGAAACAAAGUACUCAAUUUCUAGCCUGUCAGAAUCAACGAUUGUAUUUAGUCGAUUCUAAAACGAUGGACGUUUGGUGUGACUUAAACGACACAUUUCAUCAACUGACACUAACAGGGAAAGCCAUACUCUCGCUGUGCACUAUAAACGUCAAUGGAGGUCGCAAUAUUGCUUUAAAACAAAACACAACGCAAUCCAGUACUUAUACGAGUAAAAAUUACAACAACGAUGAUGCACGAAGUGAUAACGCCGUAGAUGGAAAAUCAAGUAAAAUGUUUUUACAGUUCAAAGAAAAGAGCUGUGCUCACACUGCUGCUAAAGACAAAAACUCAUUCUGGAGUGUACAAUUUCUUCCUCAUUUAAUAACUGGAUAUGUUAUAUAUGACAGAAUAGACCCCAAUACUUUUAAUUUGAAUGGAUUCACUUUAAGUACUUUUCCGAAGACUGACGAAUCAUUUUCCUUUGAGGACACUGUUUUCGAUAAGAGAAAAAUUUAUCGAUUGGUAGAUCCAAGAAAAAAUCUAGUUUCAAAUGUAACAAUAACUAGAAAAAAUACCCUAAAUAUUUGUGAAGUUGAGAUUUACGGAGAAUGUCCAACUGGGACCUGGGGAUUAGCCUGUACUAAUUGCUCUCAACAGUGUCCUAAUGAAUGCCACAUUGAAGAUGGACGAUGUGUCAAUUUAUGUCUGGGUUUUACUAAUCCUCCUUUUUGCGAUGAACCAUGUCAAAAAACAGAGUAUGGUAUUAACUGCACCAAGCAAUGCUCCAGCAGCUGCAAGAACAUGGAAUGUAAUCCACAAACUGGUGAAUGUCUUGAAUGUAGUGGAAAUGGAACUUACUCAGGAACUUGUGAUAAACGUAAAUUCUUUUAA